CGCAGCCAUGGUUAUUAUGGUGGAUGUGGUCGAGUUCUUCGAUAGCUCAUGCAUUCGCAACCUCGGUAUACGAAUAAUAUCUCUGCGAUCUUUUUUCGGGGGCUUUCCUCUGCCGACGGGCGCAAUGGCUCCAUUUAGCGUGGCGAAGUUGGAUCCACCGCCAUUUGGCACAUCAAUCGUGCAGCGCCGUAGACUAUUAUUAUGCUGUUCGACGUUUCCUCCACCCCCAGGUCUGUCGGCAUGGAGCAGAGAACCACGUCUCAAGUCAAUGGCCGAUUGAUGUUCCAGGGCUUUUACGGAGUAGAGAACGCUUUCAAUUUUUACUUGAAAGAGGUGCAUUGUGCUGCUACCAUGCAUCACAAGACAGAACUGAGAAUAAGCUUAUCACACUUUAUUGGUUCAAACCCCAAGCCUAUGCACCACCUACUUGACAGUCAGCUUUAAAGGGGAAAAAAUUACCAUUGCCCUCCAAAGUCGGCCAUAUGCUUUUUCUCCUUCGAGAUCGACAUGUCAAGGUGGUAUCGGCACUCUGUGCGGAGUAAUUUCAUACGCCGUGUUGACUAAAUUUAUAAAGAGAACGUGGAAAUUUGGAACCAAGAAAAGAAAAAUGAAGGGAGAUCUUCCACCAUGAACUGUAACCACAGUCAAUCGGCUUCAUCUCGGUGGGAUUAUGAUGAUCCAUCCAUUUUCUCAGAUUCCGGCAUGCAAAGGUAGCAGUCGAGCAACGAAAUCUAUUCUUGGAUUCAAGACCGCAUUAUAAUUAGACACAUUUCAUCUCCAUUUAUUUAUCCCAAACUCAGAGUGAAGAACGAGGGCAGGGACGCAGAACCCCUGGGAAUUACUUUACUUCUGCAUACAGAGUCGCUCGUCUGUAAUCAUGCCCCCCUUUUAAUAACCAUCCCUCUUCUCGUCCUAGUCGAUGGGUUCACCUCUAUCCUGAACCCCAGCUCGAGGGGAUAAAUAAUUUUUAUACACUCUCGCCUUCUUUCACUUUGCGCAAGUCACUACUCCCCGUCUUACUUACGCCCAGCCUGUACCGCGGACGGAAAACCCCGACGACGUGCUUGGUUAUCAUUGGGUGUCGUUUUCAUUUUUCGAGGGUGUGUGCGAUUGGGCUACUUAUGCAUAUUUGGAAGAUCCGUGUGGAGAAGGGUUAAGAAGGCCAGCGCUAGCCUUUCAUCUGUUUCCACUGCUGUUAUACGAGUAAUCGCAUGGAAUUUGGGAUCGCUUCCUCGCUACUAUCGCCUCCCUUCCGAAUCAACGAGUACGCGACGCCUUGCAGGCAAGUUGUGGGAACGUUGGAGAAUUGAUGCUCCUGCGGUCGGCAGCAAACAGUGCUGAGGCUUCCAUCUCCCGGGAGCGAUGCCCGGAGUCGUCGAAUAUACAGAAGUGACAGUGAAAUCCCCAGAAGCGGCCAUGAAAGGCCCCAACGCUCCAAAUACCGAAAAGAAGCGCAACAAACUAGGGUAUCAUCGAACGUCUGUUGCAUGUGUGCAUUGCCGGCGAAGAAAAAUCCGAUGUGAAGUUGCACCAGAUGAUCCUCAGGGACGAUGCGUGGAUUGUAUAAAACUCAGGAAGGAAUGCAAAUACUAUCCCGUCGACCAACAACCGCCUGCGGAGAAAAAAUCGCGGCCAGCUUCGAGAGCAGAUACGCUGCCGACAGCUUUCCCGUCAACAGCGGCCUCGAAUACCUCAGGGCAUCGUGCAGAACAGCCUAAUACGUUCUUUCCGCAUCAAGCGGUCUCGUUAAGUCCUGGUCCAGGAGCGCCGGCGUUCGAUGCAGCUAAAUAUGUCGGUAAUCAGGUGCCGUUUACUACAGAUCGUAACGUAGCAUCUGUGGCAGAUUACGCUGCACACGCGCCGCUCGAUCCGUCCAUCCCAUGGAAUGAAUUCGCUGCUGUACCGGACACGCAGUUUCUAGGCAGUUUGACGGAGGAACAACAGCAGAUGUUGAAUCUGCAACCAAACCUGUGGAAUCAGAGAGGAACACCAAUCGCCCCAAUUCCGCCCAAUCCACCAACAGUCCCGAGCCAGCAAGAUGCUUUGAAUAGUGCUGCUGUCGCUGCUGGUGGAUCGCGGUCACCACUGCCCGCCUCGACAUAUACCAUACAACAGAGCGGUCCUCAAGUGUGGCAAGUGCCGUUCCAGCAGCCAACACGAUCGAUGUCCUUCCCCACGCCUGCGGAGAUGCCCUCGCCGUACACUCCUGAUCAGUUCGCGCAGCAAAUUAGCCCUCCAGAUCCGAGACGCAGCAUGACCAGCCCCGCGCAUAUGUUCUCAGAUUCACCUGUGAGCAUGAACAUGAAUAUGGGUGCUCAGAGCCCCCCGCCUCCACACCAAUCUUUCCCCAACUCCCCCUUACACAUGAACCCGCACAGCAGCCCACCGCCUCCUGAAUUUCAUCAACCCUCGCCGGUGUCCGCCUCGUACGCCGGCCAACCGCAACCGCCCCUGGGCUAUACGACGUGGCAGGACAUGAACAACAUGGCCGACGCAAAUUUAAAUAUUCCAUAUGCAAUGUAUACACCGGACAAUGGGAUGGGGCUUGGAAUGGGAAUGGGAAUGGGCAUGGGCAUGGAUAUGAGCAUGGGGAUGAAUAUGGGUAUGGACGCCGGAGUGGCGAUGGGACCGCAGCAGACAACGGAUCAGUUCGGUCAUGGUCAUCCACAAGGUCGUCGUCCGCCCACAUGAAAUCUGAAUCCGAAUUGAAUCCAAGUCUGUAUCUGUGGUGUGUAUUGUGUUUUACGUUAUUUUUAUUAAUAAACAUGUCAUGAAUUUACGGCCGGCCUGAUGCUAUGGAUAUAUUUAUAUACAUAUGGACUUCGGAAUCAUGACCUCCAUGUGUGCAGUGGUAAAAUGGGUGGAAUUCUCGUUCAUGGCGAUUCCUAAUUGACUGACUGACUCGACUGCUGAUACCCUUUAAAUCCAUUCUGUACUGUACAGAUAUACAUACCAAAGAAGCAUUAUUGUUGAAUUGAAUUGAAUCCGUG